CGUUAAAGGAAACUGAAACGCACUGAGUCCCAGAAGGACCAUGGAAGAGGACCUCCAACUCUGCACAAACUGUGAAAAGAAAGUACCCUCUGCCUACUUCUUCCUCCAUGAGGCCCACUGUCUGAGGUUUCGAGCCAUCUGUCCAGAAUGCAAGGAGGUGAUCCUGAAGGAAGAGAUGAAAGACCAUCAAGAGAAUGGGCACAAGCAGGUCCAGUGCAGUCUGUGUCUACAAAGCAUGCAGAAGUAUCUACUAGAUGCUCAUGAGGCUGAGUGCCCAGAGCGCCUCAUCAAAUGUGAAUUCUGUGAACUGGCCAUACCACUCAGCCGCCUGGAAGAGCAUGAGACCGGCUGUGGUGGCCAGACAGCACCUGUCCUCCCUGCACAGCUGGCCAGCCAUGAAGCUCUCUGCAUGGACUGGUCUAAAAAGCCCAGGAAAGCUGGCAGAAAGAAAGUUAGCUGCCUGAAGUGCAGACAAGACAUUCCAGAAGGAAAGCUUUCCCAGCAUUGGCAGGAUGAAUGCCACCAAUUCACAGAGCUGAUGAGAUCCUUUGAUGUCUGCCCGCUGAAGAGGCCUGAACAGCCUUCUCCAGUCCCAUGGGACGCAGAACCAGCUCAAGCAUCCACAGGAGAGAGGGUUGUCCGUUCAAAGAAGAAAGACAUCCACGAAUUUAAAAUGUCAUUAAGCUCCUGGCCUGCUCAAGGCAAGAAGGAAGAAGAGUAUGAUGUUCUGGAAGGCUGCUUCCAUUGCCAAAUCCUGCUUCCUCUGCCUGUACUGAAGCAGCAUGAGGAGAAGUGCCGACACUUGGCUUCUCAGAGCAAUGGAAGAUUCUGGAGGAGAGGAUUCCUGGUGGAUCUGGAAAAUCCCUGACCUGGAGGGAGGAGGUCCUCUGAAGAUCCCCAUCGCUUUCUGUCUGCCUGCCUGCCUGCCUUCCUGGGCUUUGCCAAGUGUUAUGCAUUAGACUUGUUUUUAAGAGAAAAGUCCUUGCACAUAAAGGGUGAUACCAUAAGCAAA